AUGGAAGCUGAAAAGAAAAGUGUACACGAGUUAAGAGAUGCUAUAUCACAAAAACAACAAAAACUAGGUGAAAUACAACAACAGCUAGUAUCAAAAAGGGAUAAACUAAAUCAUACAACAUCGACAAUAAGACAAUUACAGGAACAAAAAAAAGGACUCGAAAAAGAACAGCAAUUAAAACGACAAGAAUUAACUAAAUAUGACAAAUUAUAUCGAGAAAUGAGUACAAAAGUACAACAACAAGCAAAUAAAGUUUCAACAAUGAAAACAAAUUUAUCAAAAUUAACUAAUCGUGAACAAAAAUUAUUUGACAAUAUGAAACAAACAGAAUUUGAAUUAGACAAUAAACAAAAUGAAAUAAAACAAACUCAAACUCGAUUGAAUAAUGUUACUGCAUCGAUAAAUCAAUUACGUGAUCAGCAAACUGAUGCCGAAAAUAAAGUAGCCAAUUUAAAAAAAGAUCUUGAUAAUGUUAAUGAUAAAUUAAAAUCGAAUCGUGAUUCACUUAAUCGUUGUGAAAAAAAUUAUGAACAUACAAAAAAUUCUCUUUCGAAUAAUAAUGAAAAAUUUCAAACAAAUAUACAACUAAAAUCGGAUAUAGAACAAAAAAUCCAAAAUUAUGAAAAAAUAAAAGCAGAUAUUAAAAUACAUUUUUGCGAGAUAAAUACAAAAUUAGAAAAACAAACAGCUGAAUUAUAUAAAAAACAAUCAAAGAAAGAAGUAAAAAUAGAAAAUUCAUCAAUUUAUAAUCCGAAUAUGCCGAAAACAAGUGUGAAACUGGGUUAG